AUGUAUGAGAUAAGCAAGUUACAGUACCAAGUUUCAGAAGAUGAUGUCAAUCGCGGUCGUAAUCAGGCCACAGACACGAUCGAGCCAGAUGGAGUUGAGUUACUUUGCUCAGAUCUGGGGAUCGCACAUACUGAUGUCAGGAUACUGAUGCUUGCAUGGAAGAUGUCAGCUGCAAAGAUGGGAUACUUUACGCGGGACGAAUGGCGGAACGGCCUCCCCGCAUUGGAAGAAGAUAGUAUGAACAAAUUAUCAAAGGCGCUCACGAAGUUGGAGAAGAAAGUUAAGAAGGCAUCCGAAAUCGAGUUUUUGGAGUUCUAUUCGUAUGCGUUCAAGUACUGCUUAACAGAUGGGAAACGGGAUGUUGAAAAUGAAAGCAUCUGCGAAUUGUUAGAUAUUCUCUUAGGUUCUUGGUACCCUGCUCAAGUUGGUAAACUUGUUGAGUACCUUAAGUUUCAAACCGAUUAUAAGGUGAUCAGCAAGGACCAGUGGAUGGGAUUUUAUCGGUUUUGCACCAAAGUAAGUUUUCCGUACAUGAAGGACUAUGACGAAGACAAUGGAUUUUAUCCAUUGAUUAUAGUUAAUUUUGUUGAAUGGAUGAAAGAGGGGAAGAAUUCGAGUUUCCAUGGUGCAUAUAAAGAAUAG